UGGUGCUCGGCGAGAGGGCGAGCUUCGGGCAGACAGACGGACAGACACUGUGCGAACGCUGGAGAAGGAAUAACACCGACGCUCGGAAUUGCAAUCACAGCUCGGUAAUCGGCGAUCUGCCGCCGAGGCGUGCUCGGCAUCACGCUCGUGUGUGUGUGUGUGUGUGUGAGAUUCAGAAGCUUUCCGCCGUUAUUCGACGCUGAACUAGAUUACUCGUGCGGCUUGUCAUCAGCUGGCAUCACAGCAGAUCUGGGCUAGCCUCUACAUCAUACCGCUACUAGGCUACAUAUGGCACACCCGCCUUUGAUGUGACGGCGGUUUGGGUCACAUGUGCAACAAUAACAACAAACAAACAAACAAACAAACAAAAAAAUUAAAAACACCCCGGUCCGAUUGAUUGAUUGAUUGUUUUUGAGACCGAGUGGAAACCGCGCGCGCCGUGAUCAGCGCGCGCCGUGCGUUCAACCCGUCCACCAGUGUCCAGAGCGCAAAUCAAUCGGCGCGUGAGCUCUGUGAGGCUGCUGUAUGUGAUCCCUCCACCAGCUGUUCUACACCAGGAAACACUUCUCUCGUUUCGACCAGAUAUGCGGAGAUGCAAGUAAAGAUGGAUGGGAUUAUCAGCAUUUUUGGGCUUAUUACGCUGAUCCUGGACGGCAUUUCCGCUGAGGGAGUGUACGCACCCCCUACUGUCCGGAUCGUGCACUCAGGCCAUGCAUGUAACGUGGAGGAGGAGCGCUACACAGAGAGGGUGUACACUAUCCGGGAGGGUGAGACCCUGGAGCUCACAUGUCUGGUGACUGGCCACCCACGGCCACAGAUUCGAUGGACUAAGACAGCAGGCAGCGUGUCAGACCGUUUUCAGGAUUCAAGUGUCUUUAAUGAGACACUUCACAUCGCGAAGAUCCAGCGGCACCAAGGUGGACGCUAUUACUGCAAGGCUGAAAAUGGCCUCGGCUCGCCAGCAAUUAAGUCUAUCAGAGUGGAUGUCUACUACCUGGAUGACCCGGUCGUCACGGUUCAUCAGAGUAUAGGUGAAGCCAAAGAGCAGUUCUACUACGAGAGGACAGUUUUCCUCCGCUGCGUGGCCAACUCCAACCCUCCAGUGCGCUACAGCUGGCACAGGGGCCGAGAUGUUCUGUCUCAAGGCUCAGAUAAGGGUGUGGAGAUCUACGAGCCCUUCUUUACACAGGGGGAAACAAAGAUCCUGAAGCUGAAGAACCUGAGGCCCAAAGACUACGCGAACUACAGCUGCAUCGCCUCUGUCCGGAACGUGUGCGGCAUUCCUGACCGUAGGGUCAUCUUCAGACUCACCAAUAAAACAGCCUCCCCAUCCAUCAAGCUACUGGUGGAAGAUCCAAUUGUGGUGAAUCCUGGACAGACAGUUUCUCUGGUGUGUAUUUCCACGGGUGGUGAACCUCCGCCCAUGUUGACAUGGACCAGUGUCUCAGAGCACCUCCCUGAGAAAAGUGUUUUGAAGGACGGCACGUUAACGCUACCGGCCAUCUCUUCUGAAGACGCCGGCGUCUAUAGCUGCAUUGCCAGCAACAACGUAGGAAACCCAGCCAAAAAGUCCACCACCAUUAUUGUCCGAGCGCUGAAAAAGGGCCGCUUUUGGAUCACGCCUGACCCGUACCACAACGACGACAACAUUCAGAUCGGCCGUGAAGUGAAGAUCUCAUGCCAGGUGGAGGCGACGCCCCCUGAGGAGCUGCAGUUCAGCUGGCUGAAGAACGGCCGAGCUCUGCGCAGUUCUGAACGCAUGGUCAUUACCCAGACUGACCCUGACAUCUCCCCAGGAACCACCAACCUGGACAUCAUCGAUCUGAAGUUCACCGACUUUGGCACCUACACCUGCGUGGCGUCACUCAGAGGUGGCGGCAUCCCAGAGAUCAGCAUCGACGUUAACAUCUCUUCCACCACUGUUCCUCCCAAUCUGACCGUGCCACGGGGCAAGUCCCCACUGGUGGUGCGGGAAGGAGAGACGGUGGAGCUGGAGUGCCUUGUUUCAGGAAAGCCCAAGCCCAUCAUCCUGUGGUCACGGGCUGAUAAAGAGGUACCGAUGCCAGAUGGAAACAUGCAGAUGGAAAGCUAUGAUGGUGUGCUGCGCAUCGUCAACGUGUCUCGUGAGAUGAGUGGCUCCUACCGCUGCCAGACCAGCCAGUACAACGGCUUCAACGUCAAACCUCGGGAAGCCUUGGUGGAGCUCAUAGUGCAAUACCCUCCAGCUGUGGAGCCUGUGUCGUUGGAAGUUCGUCAGGGUCUGAGCCGUCCAGUACCAAUGACCUGUCGUGUGCUACGUGCUCACCCUUCACGUGUGUUGCGGUACGAGUGGCGUCUGGGCUCCCGCUUGCUGCAUGCGGGCCACUUUGACACAAGCGAUGAAACUGAGUACUCCGUGCGCAGCCUCAGCCGCGAUGGCUACGGAGAGUACACGUGUGACAUCAUCAACGAGGCUGGAGCUGGCCGCUGCACCUUCCUCGUCACUGGAAAAGCUUAUGCUCCAGAGUUCUACUACGACACCUAUAGUCCGCUCUGGCAGAACCGACCCCGAGUUUAUGGCUAUAAGCUGCAGUGGACUCAGAUGAACCCAGACACAGUGGACCGUAUCAUGGCUUAUCGUCUUGGCAUACGACAGACUGGGCAGCCGAGAUGGUGGGAGCAGGAGAUCCCUGUAGAAGGCCCCAUUCAGAAGGGAGAGCUCAUUACCUAUAACUUGACAGAACUCAUCAGACCUGAGGCCUAUGAAGUGCGCCUGACCCCCAUCACCCGCUUCGGUGAAGGAGACUCCGCCAUCAGGAUGGUGACCUACAGUGCUCCCAUUAACCCGCAUCUGAGGGAAUUCCAGUGCAGCUUUGAAGAGGACCCUAUUUGCAUGUUUACUCAGGACAAGAAUGACAACUUUGACUGGACAAGACAUAGCGCCGCUACACGCGACACUAAAUACACUCCCAAUACAGGACCCAGUGGAGACCGCAGCGGCUCCAAACAAGGUUUCUAUAUGUAUAUCGAGACCUCCAGACCCCGUAAAGAAGGCGACAAGGCCCGUUUGCUGAGCCCCACCUUCAACGUGGCGCCUAAAAAUCCCUACGGCAUCACCAACCCUCCAGCAUACUGCUUUGGCUUUUAUUACCACAUGUACGGGAAACAUAUCGGCACUCUGAAUGCAUUUAUGAAGCAGAAAGGUCAAGCUACUUCGGAUGCUAGUCCAGUCUGGUCACUCAGUGGGAAUCAGGGUGAACGGUGGAAACAGGCCAAAAUUAGCAUCCAUCCCACUGCCUCCUUUCAGGUGAUCUUUGAAGGCAUACGAGGUCCAGGGAUCGAGGGGGACAUCGCCAUUGAUGAUGUCACUCUAGAAGAGGGGGAGUGUCCUGACCCUCCAUCCAAUCAUAUCAGAUCGAAGGCUCCAUUCCAAGUGACACAUAUAUGGCCGUUAUGCCCCGCCCUGGCUUUCACACUGUUUCAAGGUCUUAGGUGACCACCUCGCUGGGUGGAGACUGGUGGCGCUGUCUGAGGCCGCGAUCCCGUACCCUCAAUAUAAUCACCAAAGAUUCACUUUUUCAGAUGACUAAGAGGGAAACAGCAUUGUCUCAAUAUGGAUUAUCAGACAUAAAAUCAUGAAAAAUGGAGAAAAAAAAAUGUACACAAAAAAAAGUAAUAAGGAUUUGAUAUAUCUACUGAAAACAAUCUGCAAACUAUUUUGCUCCCAAGGACUUGGAUGAGAGCAGCUUACUGAUGGAGUAGCAUGAGGCAGGGCUCAUGUGAAGGGCUCCUACGCAGAUCUGAGGACAGUUUGUAAAGCACAAGGACAACUUUGCCAGCUGGCAGUUAAAAAAAAAAACAAAAAACAAAAAAAAAACUCAUUAUAAAGGUGGGGAAAUGACGGGUGAUGGCAGUCUCCACCAGCUCUUUACUAUGAACACCUUUCAGUGUCUCAUCCUUCCUGUCCUUCAUUAUAUAUUCCAAUCUUAUUAGCUUUUUUUUCUCCACAUCCGGCCCUGACACACACAUGAUUUAACUUUUUUUUGGCUUGGUGCUUUAGAACACAUAUGAAAAACUAUGGCAAAAAAGAAAUACUCAUAUCUGCUUUAUAUCCCAACCUGGAUAGUGGCCUGUUUUGAUUUCCAACACUGUGCUCACAUCCCCUAGUGGCAGGCCAGGGGUAGGAGACCAGGCCAAAGGAGCUAAUUAGCACCUGAUGAAGGAGAGCAGAAGAGAAGAAGUGCAGAAGCCUGAGGUGGAAGGCCAUGGAGGAAUACAAGAACAAGUUAAGAAAAUUGCUCCUCUUUUCUCUUUGGCAAGAACAUUAACAACUUUGGAGCCACUUUUUGCCAUGAAAUACAAAGUGCCUUCCGAU